GCAAAUGCCAAAUAUAUUUUACCAAUUGUUGAGACAUCAUAAAGUUAUAUAUGCUAUAGAUAAUCGUUGAGAAUCUUUCCUUUGUUAAGAAUCGAAUAAAUAAAGUCAAGGUUAGAAGGUGUAUUCGGCGGUAUUAAUAAAGGAAAAAUGUCUUUAGAACAAUAUGUUUCAGAUCAAGCAAUUGCGCUUCUAGGGAUGUCAGAACCAUCAGUCGUAGAGUAUAUAAUCGCUGAAGCAUCCAAUUCGCGUAGCUCACAAGAGCUGUUCCAAAAAUUAGUGGGAUUUGGAAUGGAAGAAGCCGAUUCUAAAGUACGUGAAUUUGCUCAUUCUCUAUAUUCUAGGAUACCAAAAAAUAAAGAAAGGAUAUCAGAUGAAGCAUACAACUAUAGAAAAAAGCGACAGAGAGAGAUUUUGCAAAUGGAGAACCAGAAUGCGAAAUACGAACUGCUUUUGGAACCUCAACAAGAAGAGCGGUCAGCCCGUUUACCGCAGUCGGAUUCACGGAAACGUAAAGAAAGACGUAAGGAACAUAAGCAGGGUUUUUUAAGACGCAGGCAUGAUGAUGAUGAAUGGCAAAGUGAUGAAUAUGAAGAAGAAAUCUCGAAUACUGUAACUGAUCACGAAGCGAAACUUCCACUGGAAGAACAAACAGCUGUGGUUGACUCAAAUGUAAAAGGUAACGAAGAAGAUGAACGAAUGCAUGACUUGAGAGAGAGAGAAGAGUUUGAGGAGCGUUUAAGAAAAAAAGACUUGAUGACCUCGACUCGAGAAUUGGUAGAAGAUUACUCUUCAAAGCUUUCUUCUGAAGAAAUUGCUUUAAGAAAGCUUGCGGAUGACCCAGAUUCUCGAGAACGACUAGCUGCCGAAUUACGUAAAAAGUCUCGUCAGCAUUAUUUGAAGCCAAGAGCUCAACAACAGUUGGAGCUUUUGAGAAGGGAAAUUCAAGAUGAAGAGCUUUUAUUUGCUGACGAACAAUUAACAAAACGCGAAAUCCAUGAGUUGGAAAAGAAAAAGGAGCUAUUAAGGAUUGCUGAAGAGCGCAUCAAUUUAAAUGCUCAAGCUGCAGAAUAUCAAAUGCCUGAAGAUUACUUCACUGAACAAGGAAAGCUAGACAGAAGACGAAAAGAAGCUGUUUUGCACCAACGAUACACGGAUGCCAAUGACGAGCGUCAGCCUAGUGCCCCGUUUGGUGCUGCCGAACAAGCGCAGUGGGAAUCCCAACAAAUAUCUAAAGCUCUUGUUUAUGAAGAUAAUCUCAAGGCCCCCAACCAAGAAAAGAGAUUUGAUUAUGUUUUUGAUGAUUCACAAAAAAUUGACUUUCUUUUAGAGUCCAAUUUACCUGGUAAAUCUAUCGCAGGUGCUGAACCAUCUACUCCUGCACUUUCCUCAGCCGAAUUAAAGGCUCUUUCCAUGGAAGAAACCAGAAAAUCUUUGCCCGUUUAUAAGUUUAAGGAUGAUUUAUUGAAGGCAAUUGAAGCUUACCAAGUUUUGUUGGUUGUAGCAGAGACAGGUUCAGGAAAAACCACUCAGCUACCCCAGUUUCUGCAUGAAGCCGGAUAUACAAAAAACAACAAAAAGAUUUGCUGUACACAGCCACGCCGUGUCGCUGCCAUGUCUGUUGCUGCACGUGUAGCUAAUGAGAUGGAUGUUCGAUUGGGCCAAGAAGUAGGAUAUACCAUUCGUUUUGAAAACAACACUUCUGAGAAAACCGUAAUUAAGUAUUUAACUGAUGGAAUGCUUUUAAGAGAAUUUUUGACUGAGCCAGACCUUGCUAGUUACUCUGUGAUAAUUAUAGAUGAAGCACAUGAACGAACCCUUCAUACUGAUAUCCUCUUUGGCCUUGUGAAGGAUAUUGCUCGAUUCCGACCCGAUUUGAAAGUUUUGGUUUCUAGUGCUACUAUUGAUGCAGCCAAGUUUUCCUCCUACUUUGAUGAAGCACCAGUCUUUUAUGUUCCGGGACGGCGGUAUCCUGUUGAUAUUUACUAUACUCCACAGCCAGAGGCAAAUUAUAUACAGGCAGCUAUAACCACUAUUUUACAAAUCCACACAACUCAACAAGCCGGUGAUAUAUUAGUCUUUUUGACUGGUCAGGAUGAAAUAGAAGUUAUGUCUGAAAAUAUUCAAGAGUUGUGUAAGAUUUUAGGAAAGAGAAUACCUGAAAUCAUUCUUUGUCCAAUUUAUGCUAACUUACCCUCGGAGUUGCAAGCAAAGAUAUUUGAACCCACACCGCCUGGUGCUCGGAAGGUCGUUUUGGCUACAAAUAUUGCAGAAACUUCUAUUACUAUCGAUGGUGUAAAUUAUGUAAUCGAUUCUGGAUUUGUUAAACAAAACAUGUAUAAUCCGAGAACGGGGAUGGAAAGCUUAGUUUCCGUCCCCUGCUCUCGUGCAUCUGCUGAUCAGCGUGCUGGACGUGCUGGUCGAGUUGGACCCGGUAAAUGCUUUCGUCUCUAUACUCGUUGGACUUACAAUAAUGAGCUUGAUAUGGUCACCUCGCCGGAGAUUCAAAGAACUAAUUUAACAAAUAUAGUCUUGCUUUUAAAAUCAUUGGGAAUUAAUAAUUUACUUGAUUUCGAUUUUAUGGAUCCACCACCUCCGGAAACUUUGAUGCGAUCAUUGGAGCUAUUAUAUGCACUUGGAGCUUUAAAUAAUCGAGGUGAACUUACGAAAUUGGGAAGACAGAUGGCAGAAUUUCCUACUGACCCUAUGCUUUCUAAAUCGUUGAUAGCCUCCGCAAAAUAUGGAUGUGUUGAAGAAGUUCUUUCUAUAAUAGCUAUGCUAGGUGAAUCUGCUUCGCUGUUUUAUCGACCAAAAGAUCGAAUUAUGGAGGCUGACAAAGCCAGGAUGAACUUCGUACAACCUGGGGGUGAUCACCUAACAUUAUUUCGUAUAUGGAAUGAGUGGGUAGAUACAGAUUUUUCCUAUCAGUGGUCACGGGAAAACUUUUUACAGUACAAAAGUUUAUGUAGAGCUCGUGAUGUCCGAGAUCAACUUGCAAACCUCUGUGGUCGAGUUGAGAUUGAAUUGACAACUAAUUCUGCAGACUCAUUGAUGCCCAUUCAAAAGGCGAUAACUGCAGGAUAUUUCUCUAAUGCUGCACGCUUGGAUCGCACAGGAGAUUCAUAUAGAACCGUUAAGAGCAAUCAAACAGUUUAUAUUCAUCCAAGCUCUACCUUGGUUGAGAAGAAACCAAAAAUCAUUAUUUAUUACGAACUUGUGUUGACAAGUAAAGAAUAUUGUCGACAAGUUAUGCAAAUUCAGCCAGAGUGGUUACUGGAAAUAAGUCCUCAUUACUUCAAACCUGAGAAUAUUGAGGAAAUGUACAAAAGCAAAAAGAGAAGAUAAUUAGAUCUGCUUUCUUAUAUGAGAUUUCAUAAGCAAUUCAAAAACGGGAUUUUACGGUUUGGUAUGUUUUAUGAAAAGUUUAAUUUUUCGUAUUUAAUAAAAUCAUGAGGGUUAUUCAUAUAUUUUUACCAUUA